AUUCAAGCUGUUUUAAAUGGAUACAGAUGUCAGCACCUGCUACGGUAUUAAUAUGGGUUCCGAGCAUAGUUCUCAAAGUACCGAUGGCCAAGGCGAAAACAGUCGUAUAAAAAUAGUUCCGCUGAGACGAGGCAAAAGUGUUCCAAAUCAAGAAAGUAUACCAGAAAAUACACCACCCAGAUGCAUCAGUCCUGGACCUAGUAUUUGUUCUGAUUCUGAUUUACCAUAUAUAUCGUAUACUGUUAAUAGGCCAAUAGGAGAUUCUCCCAAAAUGACUAAUAAGCAAUCGCAAUUGAGUAGAGGAAAAAGUCUUGGUCAAGAAACGACAAAACGAAAAUCAAGUAUUAAUAUUGGUCAGAAUAAAUCAUCCUCCGACAAAAUACAUGAUAUAGUAGUUGUGAAACCUGGUGUUUCCAAUCCUACUCCCGAUAAAGAUCCAGAUUUAAUAAAACUCCAGAAUAUUCCAAUGUUUCUACCAAUUAUGCGAGGAACUCUGAAUUUACCUCCUAGAGUACGGGAUCCAGAAGUCUUAGAAAGGCUUGAUCCAAUUGGACUCUAUAAUCUAUGUGCAAGAUAUCAACAUCAUCUUAAUAAUAGUGCACAAAUGAUUGCAACCGAACAAAAUUCCCUAUGUACAAAUAUUGAUUGUGAAUUUAAUAAAAUUCUAAAUUUGGCUAUAGAGAGGCAAAAAAAAUUUGCUGAAUUUGCCGAGCAACUCAAUCGAGUUCAGGAUCUUAGUCAACAACUCACUAAUUGUCAUACCCAAUUAAACCAGACUUUAGAAAGACUAGAAUCAUUAAAUAAUCUAUUACCAUUGAAUGAGAGGCUGGAACCAUUUGUAUGGACUACAGGAUAACUUGUUAUUAAUUAUUGUUUCAUAAAGUUUAUAAUAAUAAUUACAUUAUUUAUAUAAGAAUAAU